CAUUCUACCACACACGCGGACCGGACUCUGAAACGGCAACUUCUACGCUACAGCAUAACUACGACGAUCCACAGCAGGUUGCCUUGUCCAGUUCAAGAUUUCCAAGGUCCACUGGCAUUUGAUAAAGAAAAGUUUACAAUGUCCAGAGAGCAUCAGUACAAGAUGGCAGCGUCCGUCAUAUUUGCAUUGUAUGCUAUAGUAACUGUGGUCGACGCUGCAAAUCCGUCUCACUCGGUUUCAUCGAUCUGGCGGAGAAAUUCAGAAACUGGCAGCAGGCAUGGCAUGAGUUCUAUAUGGCGAAAAAGGGGGAGAAAUAACCUAUCGGCAAUUUGGAAAAAAGAUGACGCUGCUUCUAAUUCAGCGGAAGCCGAUGUUACGGAUCGUAUCUGGCUAACUCCCAUUUCUCAUGUCGCAGACGACGACAACCUGCAGGCGCCUGCGGGUUACGAAGGCGCAACAAGAGAAGACAACGACGUUGAAAAGAGAGGCAGAAACACCAUGUCGAUUUGGAAGAAAAUGUCUCCAUACAAGGCCUACAGUGCGAUUUGGAAAAGAAACCAGGAUUCUUCCAAUUUCUAUUUUCAAAGGCCACUCCGAAAAUCCAUUAACCGUGAAGCUAAAUGCAAAAGUAACGCCAUUCAUUUCGAUUUUUGUUUUCUGUGUGGGGCCGAUUGCGAGGAUGCAGGCGUUUACUACGACUGUUGUGCGGGACAAAAAUUAGCCGUUGAUUUCUGCAAAAAGUGGCUGCUUAAAUAGAUCUAAAAACGGUCCGAGAUAAGGACUUACUACCUGGUGGCUGAUAUAUGCAAAUCGAUGCACAUGCGCAGACACCUAAAUUGUAGUUUUAACAAUCAAAUGGAAUUUCUCUCUUAUUUAUAAACUUUAAUGGUAUAUGUAUAUGUAUUUUUCAGGUCUAACUGGUUUAAUACCCACUGACAAUGACAGUGCCUUGUCAACACAUCAUAGAUAUUCUCUGUUAAUUUAUUCAGUUGAAAUCUAAACUAGUUUGCUCUUUCGUUUUAUAGACGUUCUGAAUUUUAACUGGCUUCAUGUUUUCUUGGAUUUAAGACGUUGUAACCUUUAUUAGAGAAGACCCUUAAACUCAUAACAUUAUCCAAACAGGGCAGCAAUAUCGCUAGGCCUGUAACACUGUUUUCAACUAAGCACGAAGAACCUACAAGUUUGUUGACUUAAGAUUGCAUAU